GCGGCUCUGCCAACACGCGACGCGAUGAUCUCGCCCCUCCUUCCUCCCAUUCCCACUCCACCUCCGCGAACCUUAGCCCCGCCGCAGCCGCAUUCAUCUGCCGCCUCCUCGUAGCCGCCGACGCCGCCGCCGGCCCGUCGCCUCACCGGACUCCCCUCCAUACUACGCAACCUUAUCUAGGGAUUCAGCAUGGUUGAGCUCGUCCAAAACUAUGAUGUGCUGGAGAAGUGUACAAAAGAUAUUCUCUCCAUAAUCAAGCCAACAGAGGCCGAUCAGAACAAACGACUGCACACAAUUCAGGAGAUUGUGGAUUCCAUCUAUUUAGUUGGUCGCUUGGGAGAUGCUGCUGUCAAACCUUUUGGAUCCUUUUUAUCAAAACUUUACGCAAAAUCAGGUGAUUUGGAUGUAUCAGUUGAGCUGCCAAAUGUCUUAGGCUUCCCUACAAGCAAGGAAAAGAAGCAAAGUCUCUUGGGAGAACUAAUGAGAGCUUUAGAAGUUAGAGGUGUUUCUAGAGAUGUGAACUUCAUUCCUACUGCAAGAGUUCCAGUUCUUCAGUAUGUGAGCAACCACUUUGGUGUUUCCUGUGAUAUAUCCAUUGAUAACUACCCUGGUCGACUUAAAUCCAAAGUGCUGUACUGGAUCAAUACUUUAGAUGGCCGCUUUGGCGAUAUGGUUUUAUUGGUCAAGGAAUGGGCAAAAGCUCAAAACAUCAACGAUCCAAAAGAUGGAACCCUCAACUCCUAUUCGCUUUGCUUACUUGUACUCUUUCAUUUUCAGACAUGUAAGCCUGCGAUUUUACCACCUAUGAAUGAGUUUUUAGAUGUGAACAUUUCAGCAGAAAGUGGGCCUUAUAAUGAAAAAAAUCUUGAUGAGAUGUGUGCGGAAAGUAUAGCAAAGUUUCGACGCCGGGACAUAGGGCAAAGGAAUCAGAGCUCUCUGUCUCAUCUCCUUGCAACUUUCUUUGAGAAGUUUUGCCGUCUAGGUGCCCAUUCUAGUGAUCAUGUUAUAUCCACUUACAUGGGCCGGCUCCAGCGAAAACAAGGCGGCCUAAAUUGGAUGACCAAAUCUUGCUACUUGUUUGUUGAAGAUCCAUUUCAGAGACUUGAUAAUGCAGCUAGAACAGUUGAUGUGCUAGGGCUUCAUGAUAUUGCCACAGCCUUAAAAAAUGCUAAAAAUAUUGUCUCCUCUGAUGGGCCUGUUGACCGGAAUGAAUUCCUUUCGCUGCUGUGUACGCCUGAAGUUGGUUCUAAACUGGGUGCAAGAGCCACGGCUGGCCGUUACGCUACUCCUGCGACGACCCUUCAGGAGGACAGAUUCACAGGAUUUCUGGAACGUUUGGCAGCUAACCCUUUCGAUAAUCAGCAUCGCCUUAGAGCCCAAGGAUCAACAGGAAGCAGAUCAAUUCAUAGCCCACAGCCACAGGGGUACAAUUCAGGCAGGCAGGCAGCUGCUCGACGCCAGAGCCAGCAGCGCAGAGGGGAGUACACUUCAGAUCGUCAAGCUAGUGGUCAUGCUCUGAAUGCGAUGUUUGAUGAGAUUUUGGGUAGACGUCUCCACAAUGGUUCAGCACCCAACUCACGAUCCCAAGCCUUCUCCAGCAGGUCACCAGGGCAAUACUGGUAGCAAGUCAACGGCAACAGCAUCGAUUGACAAGUAGUCCCAGGGUAGCAGCAGAUGAUCUUCAGCUUUUUUACCGGCAGUGUGGACCAAGUUAUGUUUGAUUAAUUAGUUUUUUCCUGACAAACUGCAUCCGUUUAUGUUACUUGACGUGCUACCUCAGUCCCAAAAUAUAAGAUCAUUUUUGACACAAUCAUAUGGUAGUAUUACAUUUUGGGAAGGAGGGAGUAGUUCCCAGCCGGCUCAUAUGCUUGAGCCCGUGGUUACGUGGAUUGUAGGAUCGAAAAUUUGUAGUCUUGCUUGACAGAACCUUCUUGGGAAUUCCUCGCUAUACAUGUAUGUGCAAUGAAAUUGAAAGACAGGAGGGCUCUGUA